ACAAGCUUCAAUCAGCACCCUGUAAACCCCCGAAAAAUCAAAAUGUUCACCAAACUGUUCUGUAUCGCCGCUCUGGCCAUCUCCUGCGUCUGUGCCAAGCCAGGACUCGCUCCGCUAGCUCCACUUUCUUACUCAGCUCCACUCGUGGCCGCCACGGCACCAGCUGUUGUGACCGCCCAAAGUUCCCAGGUUGUGGCCCGUAACUACAAUGGGAUCGCCCCCUUGGCAUACACCGCCACUGCUGCUGUUGCCGCUCCAUUGGCUGCUCCGUUAGCUUACACCGCCGCCCCCGUGGCUAAGGUUGCCGCUCCUCUGGCUUAUACCGCAGCGGGUGUCCCACUUGCUUACUCUGCUCCAGCCUUGGCUGCGGCCGCUCCGUUGGUCUACCGUGCUGGUCCAAUCGUUUCUCCAUAUGCUGCCUACAGUCCAUAUUUGCUUGUAAUCGCAAGCUUCAAUCAGCGCCUUGUAAAUCACCGAAACACAAUCAAAAUGUUCACCAAGCUGAUCUGUAUCGCCGCUCUGGCUAUCUCCUGCGUCUGCGCCAAACCAGGACUUGCACCACUUGCACCACUAGCUUACUCAGCACCACUUGUGGCUGCCGCGGCACCAGCUGUUGUGACCGCCCAAAGUUCCCAGGUUGUGGCCCGUAAUUACAAUGGAAUCGCCCCCUUGGCAUACACCGCUGCUGCUCCAUUGGCUGCUUCGUUAGCUUACACCUCCGCCCCAGUGGCUAAGGUUGCCGCUCCUCUGGCUUAUACCGCAGCGGGUGUUCCGCUUGCUUACUCUGCUCCAACUUUGGCAGCGGCCGCUCCGUUGGCAUACCGUGCCGCUCCACUGCUUUCUCCAUAUGCUGCCUACAGUCCAUAUUUGCUGCAGCAUAUGGAGAAAGCAGUGGAGCGGCACGGUAUGCCAACGGAGCGGCCGCUGCCAAAGUUGGAGCAGACUCUCUGUAACCCACCAAAAACGAUCAAAAUGUUCACCAAACUGUUCUGCAUUGCCGCUCUGGCCGUCUCUUGCGUCUGCGCCAAGCCAGGACUCGCUCCGCUUGCACCACUCGCUUACUCAGCACCGCUUGUGGCCGCUGCGGCACCAGCUGUUGUGACCGCCCAAAGUUCCCAGGUUGUGGCCCGUAAUUACAAUGGAAUCGCCCCCUUGGCAUACACCGCUGCUGCUCCAUUGGCUGCUCCGUUAGCUUACACCGCCGCCCCCGUGGCUAAGGUUGCCGCUCCUCUGGCCUAUACUGCUGCUGGUGUCCCACUUGCUUACUCUGCUCCAGCUUUGGCAGCGGCCGCUCCACUGGCAUACAGUGCUGCCCCAAUCGCAUCUCCAUAUGCUGCCUACAGUCCGUAUUUGCUGUAAUCGAUUGCAAGUGGUGAAAUGCCAGCAAGGAUGUGAUAGCAAUGCAAGUUUACAAUGAUUGUUAUGAUAGAAUGAAUUAGACGAAAGUACAAG